AGCAUGCCAGGACAUAUGCGGAGCCAAGCCCAGGAUGAGUUAUGUGCAACCAAUCAGUGGUUCAUCCCAGCCGUGAGGGGGGACAUCCCUCCAGGCUGUGCAGCCUAUGGCUUUGUCUGUGACGGCACCCGCCUGCUGGUGUUCGGCGGGAUGGUGGAGUACGGGAAGUACAGCAACGACCUCUACGAGCUCCAGGCAAGUCGCUGGGAGUGGAAGAGACUCAAAGCAAAGACACCCAAAAAUGGGCCCCCUCCGUGUCCUCGACUCGGGCACAGCUUCUCCCUUGUGGGCAACAAAUGCUACCUGUUUGGGGGUCUGGCCAAUGAUAGCGAGGACCCCAAGAACAACAUUCCGAGAUAUCUGAAUGACUUAUACAUCCUGGAACUACGGCCUGGCUCUGGAGUGGUGGCCUGGGACAUCCCCAUCACUUAUGGGGUCCUGCCUCCACCUCGGGAGUCCCAUACUGCUGUGGUCUACACAGAGAGGGACAACAAGAAGUCCAAGCUGGUGAUCUAUGGAGGGAUGAGUGGCUGCAGGCUGGGAGACCUCUGGACCCUUGACAUUGAGACGCUGACAUGGAACAAGCCCAGUCUCAGUGGCGUGGCCCCCCUUCCUCGUAGUCUCCACUCUGCGACCACUAUAGGAAACAAAAUGUAUGUGUUUGGUGGCUGGGUGCCCCUGGUCAUGGAUGAUGUCAAGGUGGCCACGCACGAGAAGGAGUGGAAGUGUACCAACACCCUGGCUUGUCUCAAUCUGGACACCAUGGCCUGGGAGACCAUCCUGAUGGACACACUGGAGGACAACAUUCCGCGCGCCCGAGCUGGCCACUGCGCUGUCGCCAUCAAUACCCGCCUGUACAUUUGGAGUGGGCGUGAUGGCUACCGCAAGGCCUGGAACAACCAGGUCUGCUGUAAGGACCUCUGGUACCUGGAGACAGAAAAGCCACCUUCCCCGGCCAGGGUCCAGCUGGUACGCGCCAAUACCAACUCACUGGAGGUGAGCUGGGGGGCAGUGGCAACGGCCGACAGUUACCUUCUACAGCUCCAGAAAUACGACAUUCCUGCCACGGCUGCUACUGCCACCUCCCCCACACCCAACCCAGUCCCGUCUGUGCCUGCCAACCCUCCCAAGAGCCCUGCCCCUGCAGCAGCUGCACCUGCCGUGCAGCCACUGACCCAAGUGGGCAUCACGCUCCUGCCCCAGGCUGCCACAGCGCCGCCCACCACCACGACCAUCCAGGUCUUGCCGACGGUGCCAGGCAGCUCCAUUGCUGUGCCUGCUGCAGCCAGGACUCAGGGUGUCCCUGCUGUUCUCAAAGUGACCGGUCCGCAGGCUACUGCAGGAACCCCGCUGGUUACCAUGAGACCUGCCAGCCAGGCUGGGAAAGCCCCCGUCACUGUGACCUCCCUGCCUGCUGGUGUGCGAAUGGUUGUGCCCACACAGAGUGCUCAGGGCACGGUGAUCGGCAGUAACCCACAGAUGAGCGGGAUGGCCGCCCUGGCAGCCGCUGCCGCCGCCACCCAAAAGAUCCCUCCUUCCUCGGCUCCCACUGUGCUGAGUGUCCCAGCAGGCACCACCAUCGUGAAGACCGUGGCCGUGACGCCUGGCACCACCACCCUCCCGGCCACCGUGAAGGUGGCCUCCUCGCCUGUCAUGGUGAGCAACCCCGCCACUCGCAUGCUGAAGACUGCGGCCGCCCAAGUGGGGACAUCUGUCUCCUCUGCUGCCAACACGUCCACCCGCCCUAUCAUCACGGUGCACAAAUCGGGGACCGUGACGGUGGCCCAGCAAGCUCAGGUGGUGACCACGGUGGUGGGUGGAGUCACUAAGACCAUCACCCUGGUGAAGAGUCCUAUCUCUGUCCCCGGAGGCAGUGCUCUGAUUUCCAAUCUGGGCAAAGUGAUGUCAGUGGUCCAGACCAAGCCAGUUCAGACUUCGGCAGUCACAGGCCAGGCCUCUACCGGCCCAGUGACUCAGAUUAUCCAGACCAAAGGGCCCCUGCCAGCGGGGACGAUCCUGAAGCUGGUGACCUCAGCAGAUGGCAAGCCCACCACCAUCAUCACCACCACACAGGCCAGUGGGGCGGGAACCAAGCCUACCAUCCUGGGCAUCAGCAGUGUUUCCCCCAGCACCACCAAGCCUGGCACAACCACCAUCAUCAAGACCAUCCCCAUGUCAGCCAUCAUCACCCAGGCGGGGGCCACAGGUGUGACCAGCAGUCCUGGCAUUAAGUCCCCCAUCACCAUCAUCACCACCAAGGUUAUGACUUCGGGAACUGGAGCACCUGCCAAAAUCAUUACUGCUGUUCCUAAGAUCGCCACUGGCCACGGGCAGCAGGGAGUGACUCAGGUGGUGCUAAAGGGGGCCCCUGGACAGCCAGGCACCAUCCUCCGCACUGUGCCCAUGGGAGGCGUUCGCCUAGUUACCCCUGUCACCGUGUCUGCUGUCAAGCCAGCCGUUACCACACUGGUUGUGAAGGGCACCACAGGGGUCACCACACUGGGCACAGUGACUGGCACCGUAUCCACCAGCCUUGCUGGAGCUGGGGGCCACAGCACCAGUGCUUCCCUGGCCACACCCAUCACCACCUUGGGCACCAUUGCCACUCUCUCAAGCCAGGUGAUCAAUCCCACUGCCAUCACCGUGUCAGCUGCACAGACCACACUGACGGCCGCCGGUGGGCUCACCACACCCACCAUCACCAUGCAGCCUGUCUCGCAGCCUACCCAGGUGACCCUGAUCACAGCUCCCAGCGGGGUUGAGGCCCAGCCUGUGCACGACCUUCCCGUAUCCAUUCUGGCCUCGCCUACCACGGAACAGCCCACAGCCACAGUCACCAUCGCCGACUCGGGCCAGGGAGACGUGCAGCCUGGCACCGUGACGCUGGUGUGCUCCAACCCGCCCUGUGAGACCCACGAGACGGGCACCACCAACACCGCCACCACCACUGUCGUGGCUAACCUUGGGGGACACCCCCAGCCCACCCAAGUGCAGUUUGUCUGUGACAGGCAGGAGGCCACUGCUUCUCUUGUGACCUCGACUGUGGGGCAGCAGAAUGGCAGUGUGGUCCGUGUCUGCUCGAACCCGCCGUGCGAGACCCACGAGACGGGCACCACCAGCACCGCCACCACAGCCACCUCCAACAUGGCUGGGCAGCAUGGCUGCUCGAACCCGCCCUGCGAGACUCAUGAGACCGGCACCACCAGCACCGCCACCACGGCCAUGUCCAGCAUCGGUGCCGGCCAGCAGCGUGAUGCCCGCCGUGCCUCUGGCGCCCCCACUGUGGUCCGCAUCAGUGUGGCUCCUGGGGGGCUGGAGGGGGCCCAGGGCUCCGUCAAGCCCCAGUGCCAAACUCGCCAGACCAAUGCCACUAGCACCACCAUGACUGUGAUGGUCACUGGCACCCCGUGUGCCCCCGCCGGCACCACCAUGACUGUGACUGCCCUGGAGGCAUUGCUGUGCCCCUCGGCCACCGUGACCCAGGUCUGCUCUAACCCGCCGUGCGAGACCCACGAGACGGGCACCACCAACACCGCCACUACCUCCAAUGCAGGCAGCGCCCAGCGGGUGUGCUCCAACCCGCCAUGCGAGACCCACGAGACGGGCACCACCCACACGGCCACCACUGCCUCCUCCAAUGGCGCAGUGGGCCAGCCUGAGGGCGGGCAGCAGCCCCCCACCAGCCGCCCCUGCGAGACACACCAGACCACUUCCACAGGCACCACCAUGUCCGUCGGUGUGGGCACCCUGCUCCCUGACGCUGGCCCUGCCCACAGGACCCUGGAGCCCACCGUGGUGCCCCCUGGUCCCAGCCAGGCUGGGGCCAUGCUGCUGGCUCCCUUCCCGACACAGAGGGUGUGCUCCAACCCACCCUGUGAGACUCACGAGACAGGCACCACGCAUACGGCCACCACUGUCACUUCCAACAUGAGCUCAAACCAAGACCCACCACCGGCCGCUGGUGAUCAGGGAGAGGUGGAGAGCACCCAGGGUGACAGCAUGAAUAUGACCAGUGCCAGCACCAUCACGACUGUGUCCUCCACACUGCCACGGGCGGUGACCACUGUGACACAGUCCACGCCAGUCCCAGGCCCCUCAGUGCCGCCCCCCGAGGAACUCCAGGUCUCCCCUGGGCCCCGCCAGCAGCUGCCACCACGACAGCUCCUGCAGUCCGCCUCUGCGCCCCUCAUGGGGGAGUCGGCUGAGGUCCUGGCCGCUGCCCAGCCCACAGAGCUCCAGGCGGCUGUGGACCUGAGCAGCACGGGGGACCCGUCUUCAGGCCAGGAGCCCACCGGCUCUGCUGUGGUGGCCACCGUAGUGGUGCAGCCCCCGCAGCCAACGCAGUCUGAAGUAGAGCAGUUAUCACUUCCCCAGGAGCUCAUGGCUGAAGCCCAGGCGGGCACCACCACCCUGAUGGUCACGGGCCUCACCCCUGAGGAGCUGGCUGUGACUGCCGCUGCCGAGGCAGCUGCCCAGGCUGCGGCCACUGAGGAAGCUCAGGCCCUGGCCAUCCAGGCUGUGCUGCAGGCUGCACAGCAGGCCGUCAUGGGUACUGGGGAGCCCAUGGACACGUCUGAGGCGGCAGCGGCCGUGACCCAGGCAGAACUGGGUCACCUUUCUGCUGAGGGCCAGGAGGGCCAGGCCACCACCAUCCCCAUCGUACUGACGCAGCAGGAGCUGGCGGCCCUGGUCCAGCAGCAGCAGCAGCUGCAGGAGGCACAGGCACAAGCCCAGCAGCAGCACCACCUCCCUACCGAGGCGCUGGCCCCAGCUGACAGCCUCAAUGACCCAGCCAUCGAGGGCAACUGCCUCAACGAGCUGGCGGGCGCCGUGCCCAGCACCGUGGCCCUGCUGCCCCCCACAGCCACUGAGAGCCUGGCUCCAUCCAACACAUUUGUGGCUCCCCAGCCAGUUGUGGUUGCCAGCCCGGCCAAGCUGCAAGCGGCAGCUACCCUGACCGAAGUGGCCAAUGGCAUCGAGUCCCUGGGCGUGAAGCCAGACUUGCCGCCGCCACCCAGCAAGGCCCCUGUGAAGAAGGAGAACCAGUGGUUUGAUGUGGGGGUCAUUAAGGGCACCAAUGUAAUGGUGACACACUAUUUCCUGCCGUCGGAUGAUGCUGUCCCAUCGGAUGAUGACUCAGGCGCCGUCCCUGACUACAGCCAGCUGAAGAAGCAAGAGCUGCAGCCAGGCACAGCCUACAAGUUCCGUGUGGCCGGCAUCAAUGCCUGCGGCCGGGGUCCCUUCAGUGAGAUCUCCGCCUUCAAGACGUGUCUGCCGGGUUUCCCUGGGGCCCCUUGUGCCAUUAAAAUCAGCAAAAGUCCUGACGGUGCGCACCUCACGUGGGAGCCGCCCUCCGUGACCUCGGGCAAGAUCAUCGAGUACUCUGUGUACCUGGCCAUCCAGAGCUCGCAGGCAGGUGGCGAGCCCAAGAGCUCGGCGCCGGCACAGCUGGCUUUCAUGCGCGUGUACUGCGGGCCCAGCCCGUCGUGCCUCGUGCAGUCCUCCAGCCUCUCCAACGCCCACAUUGACUAUACCACCAAGCCUGCCAUCAUCUUCCGCAUCGCCGCGCGCAACGAGAAGGGCUACGGCCCCGCCACGCAAGUCAGGUGGCUGCAAGAGACCAGUAAAGACAGUUCUGGCAGCAAGCCGGCCAGCAAGAGGCCCAUGUCCUCUCCGGAAAUGAAAUCUGCUCCAAAGAAGUCAAAGGCGGAUGGUCAGUGAGAGGCAGCUGG